ACCCUAACAACCCAUUAACAUUCUCUCUUGUUUUUUUCAUAGCAACAACACCACCCUUACCUUUUCUUAAUUCGCGCACAGGGGUUUUCCUUUUCUGUUCGAUCCUCUUCAAUUCUGCUUCUUCUCCCUCACUUCGAUCUCCUGCUGCCUUCACUCCUUUACCAAUGGAAAUGUGUUAGAUACAUAACCCCUGCCCUCCCCUCAGAAUAACACUGCAAAACAACCACCUUUUCACCACUACUCUUUCUCUUAUCAUGGCGGUUCCUGAGAAUGUUGGACCCAAAAUCGGUUCUCCAAGUCAAACUUUGGAAAAUACCAUGGUUUCCUCCGAUUCUAAUGACCCCAACGAUGUUGAGACUCAGAAGCCCAACAGCGAUUCUACGGUCCCCAUGAAUGGAGAACCCGACUUUCAUUCCAACGGCAAUGAUCACGAUGUACAGAUGAAGGCACAGCUUCAGGAGAGAGCAGCUACCGCUGCUUCCUUUUCACUUCCUUCAGCCAAUUUCAAGCCUCAAAUGCCUCAGAUGCUCAACGGGUUUGAAGCUAAUGCCCAGACGCUGAUGGUGAAGUCUGCUGCCGGGUAUGGGAUGAAUCAGAGGCCUAACGGAGUGAUAAAUGGAGCGGAUGGAGGAGAAAACUUUAAGAGGGACAUGAGCGAUCUGGAGGACUUACUAUCCAAAUUGAAUCCCAUGGCUGAGGAAUUUAUCCCUCCUUCGCUUGGUAAAAAUUUGUCUGGUUACUUCGGCGCUGGUGGGCUUGGGUAUACUAACGACUUUCUAUUGCAAGCUAAUUCUGUCAACAACGAAGGGCAUAUGAAUCGAAGGGUAACACCCAUCCCCCACUUCUUUCCCCGCUUUUUCGUUUUUCUCCUUUCUGAUCAUACGAUUCAAUUGAUUUUCAGAAUAACACUGCAAAACAACCACCUUUUCACCACUACUCUUUCUCUUAUCAUGGCGGUUCCUGAGAAUGUUGGACCCAAAAUCGGUUCUCCAAGUCAAACUUUGGAAAAUACCAUGGUUUCCUCCGAUUCUAAUGACCCCAACGAUGUUGAGACUCAGAAGCCCAACAGCGAUUCUACGGUCCCCAUGAAUGGAGAACCCGACUUUCAUUCCAACGGCAAUGAUCACGAUGUACAGAUGAAGGCACAGCUUCAGGAGAGAGCAGCUACCGCUGCUUCCUUUUCACUUCCUUCAGCCAAUUUCAAGCCUCAAAUGCCUCAGAUGCUCAACGGGUUUGAAGCUAAUGCCCAGACGCUGAUGGUGAAGUCUGCUGCCGGGUAUGGGAUGAAUCAGAGGCCUAACGGAGUGAUAAAUGGAGCGGAUGGAGGAGAAAACUUUAAGAGGGACAUGAGCGAUCUGGAGGACUUACUAUCCAAAUUGAAUCCCAUGGCUGAGGAAUUUAUCCCUCCUUCGCUUGGUAAAAAUUUGUCUGGUUACUUCGGCGCUGGUGGGCUUGGGUAUACUAACGACUUUCUAUUGCAAGCUAAUUCUGUCAACAACGAAGGGCAUAUGAAUCGAAGGAAGAAGAAUGGUUUUAGCCAAGGGAGAAGGAGGAUGAAUAAUAAGAUGAAUGCGGUGAAGAGGGAUGAGAUGACCCGGAGGACGGUGUAUGUAUCAGACAUCGAUCAGCAGGUGACUGAAGAGCUACUUGCUACUGUCUUUGCUGGCUGUGGAGAGGUUGUUGACUGUCGUAUCUGCGGUGAUCCCAACUCCAUUCUUCAUUUUGCCUUCAUUGAGUUCACGGAUGAAGAGGGUGCAAGAGCUUCCUUGAGUCUUUCAGGGACAGUUCUUGGUUUCUAUCCAGUUAGAGUGCUGCCCUCAAAAACUGCCAUAGCACCUGUCAAUCCUGACUUUUUACCCAGGUCGGAUGAUGAACGUGAGAUGUGCUCAAGAACUAUCUAUUGUACAAAUAUUGACAAGAAGGUUACUCAAGCAGAGGUCAAGCUGUUCUUUGAAUCACUAUGUGGAGAGGUUCAGCGCCUUAGGCUACUUGGAGAUUAUCAUCAUUCCACUCGUAUAGCUUUUGUUGAGUUUACCAUGGCUGAGAGUGCAAUUGCUGCACUUAAUUGCAGUGGAGUGGUGUUGGGUUCCCUGCCAAUAAGGGUAAGCCCAUCAAAGACCCCAGUUCGCCCUCGCUCUCCUCGUGCCCAGCUGAACUGAUGCUCCCCUGCUUCUAUCCCAUGUGGGCCUAGUGCCCAAUAGAUAUAUUUAUAUAUAUUGCAUAUAUAUAUUAUGGUUAUAGAGAUAUGUCCAAAGGGGUUGUGGGGUUUGGUGGUGCAUGAUCCUCUGCAGUGGAGUUGAGUUGGUACCUUUUGGUGUACCUAGAACUAGGUGUUGUUGGUGAAUGAGAUAUUUGUUUAGUUUUUUUUUUUUUUUUUUAAUAUUUUUUUUUUAUAGAGUGGAUGGCAUUUUGAGGCUCGUAGUCGUUUAUCUGUGACGAUGUUAUGAUGGAUGGACUGAUGGAUUCUGUAGGGUUGGUCCCUGGGAACACUUGGAACUUGCUUUCAAUGUUUCUAACUGGAAACUCUCUCUUAAUCAACCUCGCUUUAGUCAUUUGUUUUUGAUCA